GUGCAAGAUGGGUACAAACAAGAUCCUGCUUUUCCUCUUAAGCGCAGCAAUUCUGGAUGCCACCUCAGAAACAACAACUGAAUACCCAUGGAGAACUGCACAAGCAACAACUGGAUACCCGAGUACCUACCCAUGGAGAACUACAUUUCCCACGUACACAACCACAGAUGUCACCAGUCCUACAAGUGCCUCUCUGAGCUUGGUGAAUGGCCGGAACCGGUGUGAGGGGCGCGUAGAGAUCUACUCCAAUGGGAAUCGGGGCACGGUGUGUGAUGACGGCUGGGACAUCAAUGACGCCAAUGUUGUGUGCAGGCAGCUGGGAUGUGGCUUUGCAGUUUCAGCACUAGGAAAUGCCUAUUUUGGACAAGGCACUGGCGCAAUUUACCUGGACGAUGUGCAUUGCAAGGGGAAUGAGUCGUCCCUCUUUAAGUGCCAGAGCAGUGGCUGGGGUGUGCACAAUUGUAACCACUAUGAGGAUGCCGGCGUUGUCUGCUCAGAAGCAACAACUGGAUACCCGAGUACCUACCCAUGGAGAACUACACUUCCCACGUACACAACCACAGAUGUCACCAGUCCUACAAGUGCCUCUCUGAGCUUGGUGAAUGGCCGGAACCGGUGUGAGGGGCGCGUAGAGAUCUACUCCAAUGGGAAUCGGGGCACGGUGUGUGAUGACGGCUGGGACAUCAAUGACGCCAAUGUUGUGUGCAGGCAGCUGGGAUGUGGCUUUGCAGUUUCAGCACUAGGAAAUGCCUAUUUUGGACAAGGCACUGGCGCAAUUUACCUGGACGAUGUGCAUUGCAAGGGGAAUGAGUCGUCCCUCUUUAAGUGCCAGAGCAGUGGCUGGGGUGUGCACAAUUGUAACCACUAUGAGGAUGCCGGCGUUGUCUGCUCAGAAGCAACAACUGGAUACCCGAGUACCUACCCAUGGAGAACUACACUUCCCACGUACACAACCACAGAUGUCACCAGUCCUACAAGUGCCUCUCUGAGCUUGGUGAAUGGCCGGAACCGGUGUGAGGGGCGCGUAGAGAUCUACUCCAAUGGGAAUCGGGGCACGGUGUGUGAUGACGGCUGGGACAUCAAUGACGCCAAUGUUGUGUGCAGGCAGCUGGGAUGUGGCUUUGCAGUUUCAGCACUAGGAAAUGCCUAUUUUGGACAAGGCACUGGCACAAUUUACCUGGACGAUGUGCAUUGCAAGGGGAAUGAGUCGUCCCUCUUUAAGUGCCAGAGCAGUGGCUGGGGUGUGCACAAUUGUAACCACUAUGAGGAUGCCGGCGUUGUCUGCUCAGAAGCAACAACUGGAUACCCGAGUACCUACCCAUGGAGAACUACACUUCCCACGUACACAACCACAGAUGUCACCAGUCCUACAAGUGCCUCUCUGAGCUUGGUGAAUGGCCGGAACCGGUGUGAGGGGCGCGUAGAGAUCUACUCCAAUGGGAAUCGGGGCACGGUGUGUGAUGACGGCUGGGACAUCAAUGACGCCAAUGUUGUGUGCAGGCAGCUGGGAUGUGGCUUUGCAGUUUCAGCACUAGGAAAUGCCUAUUUUGGACAAGGCACUGGCGCAAUUUACCUGGACGAUGUGCAUUGCAAGGGGAAUGAGUCGUCCCUCUUUAAGUGCCAGAGCAGUGGCUGGGGUGUGCACAAUUGUAACCACUAUGAGGAUGCCGGCGUUGUCUGCUCAGAAGCAACAACUGGAUACCCGAGUACCUACCCAUGGAGAACUACACUUCCCACGUACACAACCACAGAUGUCACCAGUCCUACAAGUGCCUCUCUGAGCUUGGUGAAUGGCCGGAACCGGUGUGAGGGGCGCGUAGAGAUCUACUCCAAUGGGAAUCGGGGCACAGUGUGUGAUGACGGCUGGGACAUCAAUGACGCCAAUGUUGUGUGCAGGCAGCUGGGAUGUGGCUUUGCAGUUUCAGCACUAGGAAAUGCCUAUUUUGGACAAGGCACUGGCGCAAUUUACCUGGACGAUGUGCAUUGCAAGGGGAAUGAGUCGUCCCUCUUUAAGUGCCAGAGCAGUGGCUGGGGUGUGCACAAUUGUAACCACUAUGAGGAUGCCGGCGUUGUCUGCUCAGAAGCAACAACUGGAUACCCGAGUACCUACCCAUGGAGAACUACACUUCCCACGUACACAACCACAGAUGUCACCAGUCCUACAAGUGCCUCUCUGAGCUUGGUGAAUGGCCGGAACCGGUGUGAGGGGCGCGUAGAGAUCUACUCCAAUGGGAAUCGGGGCACGGUGUGUGAUGACGGCUGGGACAUCAAUGACGCCAAUGUUGUGUGCAGGCAGCUGGGAUGUGGCUUUGCAGUUUCAGCGCUAGGAAAUGCCUAUUUUGGACAAGGCACUGGCGCAAUUUACCUGGACGAUGUGCAUUGCAAGGGGAAUGAGUCGUCCCUCUUUAAGUGCCAGAGCAGUGGCUGGGGUGUGCACAAUUGUAACCACUAUGAGGAUGCCGGCGUUGUCUGCUCAGGUGCUUAUACUUCAACCACUGUUCCUACUACACCAUCAAGCACACCUGCGCGAAAAUAUUUUUGCGGUAGCUUCCUUUCAAAUUCAUCUGGAACAAUUCAGAGUCCUUUUUAUCCUUCGAAUUAUCCAGAUAAUGCAGAUUGCUUGUGGGAAAUACAAGUAAUGAACAAUUAUCGCAUUAUGCUCACAUUUGGAAGUAUUCGUUUGCAAGGUGGAUGCCAGUAUGACUAUAUUGAGAUCUAUGAUGGUCCACCAAGUACUUCUCCUCUGCUUGGAAAAAUUUGUUCUGGUUAUAAUAUCAUGUACACAUCCUCCUCAAAUAUGAUGACCGUCAGAUUUCGCAGUGACUCUAGAUAUUCAAACAGAGGGUUUUAUGCUGAUUAUCACUCCUUUCCAGCAGAUCAGAACACCGCCCUCUUUUGCUUCCCAACCCACAUGCGUGCAGUUGUAGAGAGAAGCUAUCUCCAGUCACAGGGUUACUCUGUGUGGAAUGCUAGCUUGUCUGACCCUUCUUGUAGACCAAAAAUUACAUCAACCCAGGUUAUAUUCGACAUUCCAUACAACAGCUGCGGUACCCGUAGACAGAGCAACAAUGAGACAUUCACAUAUUCCAACGUGAUAAGGGUAUUUGCUUCUGAUUCCAUCAUCAAGAGGAAAAAGGACCUUCACUUGCAUGUGAACUGCAAAAUGCUCCAGAAGACCUGGGUACAAGCAAUGUACAUUGCUAACGACAGUGGUGUUACUGAUAUUGAUGAAACCCAAUAUGGCAGAUACCAAGUGGACUUUGCAUUCUACAAUUCCUCCUCUUUCCUUCUGCCAGUAUAUGACUCUCCUUACUAUGUUGACCUGAAUCAGAAUUUGUUCCUUCAAGCUUCUCUUCGCAGCAAUGACUCCAAUCUUGUGCUGUUUGUGGAUACGUGUGUGGCAUCACCUGAUCCUAACGAUUUUACAACACUGACCUAUGACUUGAUCAGAAGUGGGUGUGCUAAAGACCCUACCUACUCUUCUUACUACUCACCAUAUCCAAGUGUCAGUCGGUUUGCAUUUAAUGCAUUCUCCUUUGUUAACCGCUACCCAUCAGUCUACCUGCAGUGUGAGCUGGUGGUGUGCAGGUAUGGAGACUAUUCUUCCCGCUGCUACCAAGGCUGUGUGAGCAGGUUCAGGAGGAGUGCAGGAUCUUCCCAGGGAAAAGUGAGUGUUGUCAUCGGACCUGUUCAACUUCAGGAGACUCCCCCUGAGAAGAGGAGUGCCGAGCUGGCCUCCAACACCCAGGUGAGAGGGGAUCUCGAGAGCCCCGUGCCUGCUGCCAGCUCCCAUAUUCCUCUGGCUGUGACCGUCGCUGUGCUGGCAGCUGCCAUCCUCACAGUGGGAGGACUUCUUCUGAAGCGCAAACUGCAAGAACCGAUCCCCUACCAGAUUAUGUGAGAGGUGACCAAGAGUCUGCAGGUGGAGGGUGCAAUUCGGAUGUUUCAGAGCAUUUCAACUGAGCUCCUGCUUUGAUGUUGUGUCUCAGGAGACUGAAUUUGGUGGCUUGGGAAAGAAGAACUGAUUUCUUUUGCCAUUGCUUACAUAUAGAUAGAACACUUGUGUGGUGGUCUACUGAUAUUAGGUACUCUAGAGAGUAGCCCAAGAAAAAUAUUUCUUUUAGAGAAAAGCAUCUCAAUAAUCAGCCAUAAAAUAAAAUACACAGAUAUUGCACAUAAGGAAUUGUUCCUGUACAAUGUUACUUUAUUGGGGAGACAUGGUUCUUCACAUUUGUAUGUUCCUCUGAGAAAAUGUAGGCUAUUAAUAAAUAUUUGCAUUGAAGAUAAA